AUGACAGAGUUGCUUGACAGCACAUUGGAAAUGGUAGACAUGCUGGUUAGUGCACGUGGAAUUAUAGAGCUGUCAGACAGUGCACUGAGAGUAAUGGAGUUUAUAGACAGCAAGCUGGGAAUGGUAGAGCUGCUAGACAGCACACUUGGAAUGGUAGAGCUACUAGACAGUGCACUGGGAAUGAUAGAGAUGCUAGACAGCGCAUUGGAAAUGGUAGACAUGCUGGUUAGUGCACAUGGAAUUAUAGAGCUGUCAGACAGUGCACUGGGAUUAAUGGAGUUUAUAGACAGCACGCUGGGAAUGGUAGAGCUGCUAGACGGUGCACUUGGAAUGACAGAGUUGCUAGACAGCACACUGGGAAUAACAGAGCUUGUAGACAGGGCACUUGGAAUGAUAGAGUUGCUAGACAGCACACUGGGAGUAAUAGAGCAGAGGAACAUUACACUGGGAAUGGUAGAGCUGCUAGACAGUGCACUGGGAAUAAUAGAGCAGAGGAACAUUACACUGGGAAUAAUAGAGCUGCUAGACAGCGCACUUGGAAUGGUAGAGUUGCUGGACAUCACACUUGGAAUGAUAGAGCUGCUAGACAGAACACUGGAAAUAAUAGAGCAGAGGAGCAUUAAACUCGAAAUAAUAGAGCUGCUAGACAGUGCACUGGGAAUAAUAGAGCAGAGGAACAUUACACUGGGAAUAAUAGAGCUGCUAGACAGCGCACUUGGAAUGGUACAGCUGCUGGGCAGUGCACUGGGAAUGGCAGAGCUGCUAGACAGCGCACUGGGAGUGAUAGAGCAGAGGAGCAUUAAACUCGAAAUAAUAGAGCUGCUAGACAGCGCUCUGGGAAUCAUAGAGCUUCUAGACAGCGCACUGGGACUGGAAGAGCUGCUGGACAGCGCACUGAGAAUUAUAGAGCUGCUAGACAGCGCACUUGGAAUGGUAGAGUUGCUUGGACAUCACACUGGGAAUGGUAGAGCUGCUGGACAGAACACUAGAAAUAAUAGAGCAGAGGGACAUUACACUGGGAAUGGUAGAUCUGCUAGACAGUGA